AUGAGAAGCCCUAGUGAAGAUAUUAAACUGGCCAUGUGCUUGUCACCACAGGAAAAGCUCAAGAGUGCUGGUUCGCAACGCAAUAAGCGCUCCCAUGCAGUAAAUUCAAUGACUGGCACCAGUGAUGCCAAGAAAGCACGACUGGACGACAUGUUUAAGAAGGAGUUUGAAUUGGAUCUGGAUGGAUGGAUCAGUGACGAGUAUUUGCGUGCCAUGGACUUUGACGAUCGUUUGAAUCAGGACAUUGACUGGGUUGCUCACGACGAGAUGGAUCUGGCUCUGAGCAUGGACGCACUGGUGCAGGAUCAUGCAACGAACGACGAUGCGAAUGAUUUUGACUUCAGUCCAUCGUCGUUCUUACGUGGUGGCUUGGCAUUUGAAGAUCCUGCAGAAAUGGCUUCGACCUUCGUUGAUCCGGCCUACAUCCGUCUGAAUCCAAGCAGCACCAAGAACGCGGAAAAGCUCCUCAUGAGCUUUGACACCAUGAACUUCAAGAUUCCGUCACCGACGAGCGCUUCGAGUGUGAAGCGUAAAAGCGUUUUUUCGGAAAAGGAGACGGAAGCAAAGCAGGGAGAUGAAGUGCCAGCUUCAAGUAUAACGCCAACAAUGGACGCUGCAGCUCUUGUUUCAAGUGUAGAGGCGACCGACUCUGCUGAGGAGAUUCGUUUGGAGCCGGCUCGUGUAUCUGCAACUAGUAGUUCGACGUCAUCGCUAUUGGUGGGCAAGCCGGUGGACUCGCUGCUCGGCGCUUUAAACGCUGGAACAUCUGCCCCGUUGUCAAACUCAAAGAAGAUUGGCUCGUAUAGUCCAGCAGCACGCAAGCUGCGCAUUCAAAAGUUCCACGAGAAGCGCAAGAAUCGUACGUGGAAGAAGAGCAUCAAGUACGACUGCAGGAAGAAGUUGGCAGAUGACCGUCCACGUAUCAAGGGCCGGUUUGUGCGUGUGCUUGAGAACGUCGUCAAGACGGAACCUAACGUGGUGUCAUCUCCACCCAAUUCUGUGCCCAACGUUGGGUAUGCGUCUUCCACUGGCGCGAUGACUGCGCACUCAAUCAAGUCUGAGAUGCCGGCAUCGUGUCUAUCGACUUCGGCCUCGGCAGCAAAGCAGACCGCUUCAGUAUCCAAGUUGACGCCCGUAGUAGCACCGGUAACAAGCUCAGCAGCACUACCGUUUACGCGUAUGAUUGCGAGCGUUUGA